CCAAAAUGGACGAUGACAGCAACGAAGCGGGUGCUUUUAAAACGGAAAAUUCAGAAGCAUUGAGUUGCUUCAAAAACAUCGAUUUUUCUUCAGAAACCUUCAAUCCUGUGGCAGCUAUAUAUUCUAAUGACGAAUUUCCCGACGAAGAUGUCGACAUUUAUGAAAAUGUGGAUGAGUUUCUUAGUGUUCACAUACCAUCUCGGAAGAAGUCAUCUGCUCCUUCCUACACGAUACCGUCAUGUAACACGCAAAUUUUAGUAGACAGCGAAACAGAAAAUGCUAAAGAAAAGGAAAUGGUCACAGUACAUGAGGUAACGAAAAAGAUAAAGCCUGUCUCCUUUCAAAGUGGUGUUGAAAAAUCAGGUUCUAUAAAAGUAAAUAAAGGCGCGGAAAAUUCACAAGAGAAAAAGAAAACUACAAUUGAUGAUGCAUCACAGACAUCAAUCCCAGAGACCAUUAUAAAACAGAGUGGCAGUCAGCAAGAAACAGUGCAGAUCCAGGAUUUUAAAGAAGACAAAGGACCUGUUGGUCAUAUUCAUCGCUCUAGAAAGCAGAGAAUCAAUGUCAUUACGCAAAUGGAGAAUGGUUUUCAACAAGGGCCUCUGAGUGUUCUGCGUCGCAGUGUUAUGGAAAAAUUAAAAGUGCAUGUCUGGACACGCAGUGUUCGCAAUAUUCGUGGAAUCUGUACUGGAUUUGUUGUUGCCUUUGAUAAACACAUGAAUAUGGCAUUAAUGGACGUGGAUGAGAUUUAUCGAAAGCCUGUUGGAAAGCACAAGAAGGCCAACAAAAAGAAGUGCAAAGACAGUAACUCAGAUUCUGGAUCUGAGGAAAAGGAGGACAGAUGUAAAACAGAGACAAAUAGUAAAGACCCAUUCUAUCCAGCCACACCUUGGAAAUUAGUUCAGGAAGGGCCAGCAGCAAAUGACCACUCUUCGUCUUCAUCUGAUCUUUCACAAAACCUGCAGGGUUCCUUGCCAUGUUCAGCUUUCACAAACCAAUCUAUGCACCACCACUUCAGGGAUACUAGUAGGCUGCAGGAAUCUUACAGACCAUUUACUCAUGGCCAAGAUGUGAUGGAAAAUGUGUCUUCAGCAUUUAGUGGAAUGCAUUUAUUUCAGGAGAGCAAGGUGUCUAAGCUACUUGGGGUGAAGACACGAAAGCUGCUGUGCAGACAUUUGAAUCAAGUACUGUUGCGAGGUGAUCAUGUGGUAGCUGUUGCUCUGGCUGAGUUUUAAGUGAACUCCCUGGUUGGCUGUUAAACAUUUAUUUAUGGUAUUAAGUAGAGGUAAGGACAGUUUUGUAACUUCUGUAUCUACUUCCUGUUUUUUCAACUAUUUAAAAUCACUGAUUGUGAAAUGCGUGAGUUUCUUUUGGCUUAGAUAACAUCUACUGUCAUGUGACAAGACUUUCACAUUUAUGCUUUUAACAUGUUAGAUCUACAUUUAACUGCUUGUUUAUCCUUCUUAGGAUAGUCCAGACAGUUGUUACCUCUGAAAGGUUCCAUUUUUCAGAACAAGGAUGAACUUAGUGUUAUUUACAUCAUCAGUGCUAGGGUGCCAAAGCAUUUCAAAAUGCAGCUCCUAUGCCAAGGAAAAGCCCAGUUACUGAAGGUGAAAGAUUGAAGACUCAGGGAAACUUUCAUAUUUCAAGACUACAUCAUCUUCAUAGGAUUUGUCCUCUCAGAAGUAAUUUAUGAAUUGAGUCAAUAAUAUUGACAGUAAUUAUGUUCUUGUUUCUAGCAUGCUAUGCUUCUGUUUCACUGGAUCCAGUUCUGGUCAUGUUUUAAAAUUAUACAUGGUAUCGCCUCCAUCAACACAUUUAGGCAUGCAAAUUACCAAUAAUUUAAACAUGAGCAGGUGAACUGCCUUUGUUCAAGGUUUUAUUUUAAAGUUAUGCUCAUUUAAAUGCAUUCUUCUCUGUGUGAUGUUCUCAUGUUUCUUGAUCUUAUCCUUCUCAUGGUGAGGAUGCAUUAAAUGUUUCAUUUAUUUGACAAGUUUGAAGUAAUAGGAGAAGAAUAAAUGUUGGAGUGAUUGUGUUUGUUGAAUACAAGAUGAAUUUGAAAUAAAGCCACACUAUAAAACAUUGUGA